AUGCCUCUGGCGGACCCGGGCCGUCGGGUUCAGUCGGCCUGCCCCCAUGAUGAUGGCGGGCUCUUGCCGUUCGAGCAGCUGGUCUCCGCAGAUGUCACCGUGCCAGCGGGGAAGCGCUAUUUGGUCAGCCAGCCUGCUCGGGUCGCGACGCUCACUAUCCCAGCGGGCAGCGAGCUCGUGUUCGCCGACGCCCCAGGCCUGGUCCUCACGGUGGACACCGUGACAGUCUUUGGCAAACUCAGGUUCGGCUCUGACACCUGUCCGUUGCUGUCGGACGGCAUCGGCAUCACCUUCGCAAGCGGCGGCGGGCUGGUCGUGGAGGGUGGCGGCGUGCUUGACCUGCACGGCAAACCCUAUGCGCCGACGUGGACCAGGCUGGCGCAGACCGCCGCGGCGGGGUCCACGACGCUGCGCUUGCAGGACCCCGUGGACUGGGAGGCGGGGCAUGAGGUGCUGGUCGUCACCUCGGCCUGGGAGGACACGCCCGGCAAGCACGAAAACGAGGUCUUGCGCGUUGCCUCUGUCGGCUCGGGCGGCACGGUGGUCAGCCUUGAGGGCCCCCUGGCGCACGCUCAUUAUGGUGGCCAGGAGUACGCCACCGAGGUGGCGUUGCUGUCGCGCAGUAUCACGCUCCAGGGCGACAUCACCAGCGAGACGACCAGGAAGGGCGGGCACACUGUCUGCAAGGGUGCUGCAACCUGCCGGGUAAGUGGUGUUCGCGCUUACCGGAUGGGCCACGAGAACGUCAUGGGGAGGUACCCGUUUCACUUGCACAUGAUGAGUGAUGUGCAGGGCGCCUCUUAUUUCGAGGGUUGCGUCGUGCAGCGGAGCUACUUCCGUGCCUUCACCAUCCAUGGCACAUCUGGGGCACUGGUCUCACGUGGCGUAGCAUAUGACGUAUCUGGAAGCGCCUAUUACCUGGAAGAUGGCGUGGAAGAGAACAACCGUCUCGAGUUCAACCUUGCAGCGCACGUGCACAUCAUAAAGCCCCUCUCGCACUAUGGGUGGGGCCAGGAUGGAGUAGAGCUGGACUCCGAGCCCGACAGGAUCUUGCCCGUAGACGCAACGGCUUCUGGCUUCUACUGCACUAAUGCGAACAACCGUUGGGUGGGGAACAGUGCCAGUGGAGGCUUCACUGGCUUCCACUUCCCACGAGUGCCCAACGCCUUGGGCGACAGCUACUGGAAGGAUCCCAGCUACGAGCCUGAGUCGCUCGACCUGCUCGAGUUUGAGUUGGGCUCGUGCAUCUACAUCGGUGGCAAGCUCUGGCAGGACAGCCCCGGCAGCGACCGCUACAGCUACACGUCGGGCCGUGAUUGGACUGGCGAGCGCAAAGCCGGCAAUUUCCGCCUCACGAACACGAGAUUCUUCGCCUGCAGGCUCGGCCUGCUGUUCUGGGGCGCUGCGGGGCGACAGCCCAGCCUGUCACUGGAGGGCGUGGAGGCCCACGACUCGUGGAGGCUGUCCGCCCAGCUGGGCCUGACCUACAUCCGCGGAGCGGUGAUCUCCAGCCACACGGGCAACACCGCCGAGGACUUGCCCGGCAGGUGCUCGGGCUUCCAGCUCUACGACACGGACGCCCAGACCGUCAUGGUGGACGUCCUCUUCCGCAACUUCGACCGGCCCGGCGACGAGUGCAUCCUGGACAUGACUCACAGCAAUGUCAUGAAGCAGGCGGGCAUGUUCGACUCCAGAGGCCUGGUAUUCGAGAACACGCCCUACGCGAAUCGCUUCCGCCACGAGAAGCGGCUCGCCUGUGAGACCACGCACCGCGACUCCUGCCUGGGCAACUGCUGGGGCGAUUGCCUUGGCGUGACGGGGUCCUCCCAACUUUCGAACAUCAUCGACCUGGACGGCAGCAGCGGCGCGGGCGGCGGCUCGGAAACCGGCGGCUUCAUCUUGGGAUCAGACGACAGCGCUUCCGAGACGGCAGGGGCGACCAACGAGUGGUGGCUGCUCGACGACGCGUGCACCCACGAGUCGCAGUGGGGCUUCUUCGCGUGCCCCCUCCAGGGCAAGCGGGGCAAGAGGUCCGUCGUCAGUCUGUGGCUCGAGAAAGGGAUGUGGGACUCUGCGCCAGACACCAGAAUGUACAUCCGCAUUGCGCCGGACCCGAUGGAAGGUAGCGUGUACCACUUCGGCAGCGUCAGCAGGCGGCUCCGCCUCGGCCUGGCAGGAAGCCCGCAGAUCACUGGCGCAUGCUGCGACGUAGGCUGGUACCUGCACCUGCCAGACGGAGCGCUGCCAGAGAUGACAAUCUUCUUGGACCAGAUGCCCGCCGACGAUGGCCUGAUCUUCUCAACAUCUUACCCUGUCGGCGCAAGUCUGACUGUGGAGCGGUUGCGGAAGUACGUGUUGGCUGCUGUGAGCCCCCACGCUUCGAGUACUGGUCACGGCAAGUUCGAGGUACGGAUUAGGUCGGAGCUAACUGUUGAUUUUAACAGUAAGGUUCAUUUUGAGGUUACGGGUAAGGAAGUGCUCGACAGUGCUCUUGGCGACAUCUUCUUCGUCGACACGCAGGGCAGGCUUUUCCUAAAGCUCGUCAACGAGAAGGCGAGCUUCUUCGAGGCUGCAGGCGUGAAGCAGCUCCAGAUGACGCAGCGCUGGGGCUGGGGCAUCGGAUUCCGGUACAAAGUCAGCCAGUCCACGCUGGCGCCUGCGGCCUCUUCUUGCUGCGCUGACUUCGUGGAUUGGCCUAGCAUCGACAACGGGGUUACCUGCAAUGACUGCACGGCGCUCGUGCUCACGGCCCCCUACGGCGGUCGGUGCGACGCGUACUGCGAGAGCUUCGGCCACGUGUGCGUGGAGGCAGCAGAGGAGGUCUCGGAGACCUGCCAGGUGGACUACAAGGCGGCGUCUUGCAGUGUCCCCAUCUCCGGCACCUCGGACAUGCUCUGCUCGUGCCGGCUGCUGUCGUGUGCCGUCGGGAGCCCUGGCACGGACAGCCACAAUGUCCGUGGCAUGGGCCUUGGCUUGCAUGGAGUAUGUCCGCCUUGCGCCAUCGCGUUGGAAUUUGAGUUCCUCUGCAGUACAGUUGCGAAGCAGAUGAUGGUGUUGUCCAGCGGUCCCUGCGUGCAGAGGAAUUGCUCGUACGAGUGCAGCAUAUGCUACAGGAGUGGCCUCUGUUUGCAAGGCACCGCCUCUGUCGCGUUCGUCUCCGAGGCCGACUUAGCGAACGCAACGGCCACCAUGACGGAGCGGCUGAGGCGGAUGAAGGAGGCCAUGGACGUGAAGCUCGCCUCGAGCUUCGAGGUCGUGGACGGGAGGCUUGCGCAGGACCGACAGGCCGCCCAGGACGAGCUGAAGGAGUUCAUCGCGGACGCGCAAAGGAAGCUCGAGUCCAUGCAGCUCCAGGAGCAGCGCCUGCGCCUGGCGGUGCGCCACGGGGCGCACGGCAGGUGCUGCUGCGCCGCGCUGUCGCGGGCGCGCUGCGAGUGGGUCGACUUCGGCCUGCUGAGCGGCCACGCCCACUCCUGCCCGGCCGAGAGCGGGCAGGACUAUGUCGACCACCACACGGUCCUCUCCAAGAGCCAGGGCGAGGCCGUGACGGUGGACACCCUCAUCGACUCCUGCCUGGGGUCGCAGGGUUGGCACGUCCACAUCGACCACCGCGGCGACGCCCAGGAGGACAUGCUGUCCCCUGAGACGCGCCGCCUCGUUGAGCAGCUCCAUGAGCCGUGA